UGGCUUCCUUUAUUUUUGAGCUGCAAAAACUAACACUGUUUCGAAAAUUUGCUGGUUUUGUAUUUGAUUUUUGAACGCAACCUCUCCGGUGAUCAAAUGGCCGAUGUUAAGAGCAAAUUUGAGUCUGCGAGGGAAUGGGUUGUCGAUCACAAGCUUAGAGCUGUUGGGUGUCUAUGGCUUAGUGGAGUUGCUGGUUCAAUCGCUUAUAAUUGGUCUCAACCCAAUAUGAAAACCAGUGUCAGGCUUAUUCACGCCAGGUUGCACGCACAGGCGCUUACGCUGGCUGCAUUAGCUGGUGCAGCGGUGGUAGAGUACUAUGAUCAUAGAAGUGGAGCAAAGGCUGAACGAUAUGCAGGGUACAUCCCUCACAAGGACGCCAAAUGAUUCGGAGCUUACUAAUCAUUUAUUCAGCCCUUUAAUGACUACAUUAUGCGUCGGUGGAUGGAUAUGAAUAACAAAAAUAUGUAAGAAGAGGCAUGGGUUUUGAUCCUUGUACCAGUUUGUAUUGCUUUAUUCAGUAAUUAGCGUUUUAGCAUAUACUUGAUGGAGAGAAAUGAAAUGAGAAGGAGAGUGAGUGGAUGCAUAUUUGUGACAGGAAGUUAUUGAUGUGUGGUAUAUAUUGGUGCAAGGAGAUUUCAUUAUAAUGCAAACCUCAAAGUUCAUUUGUUUAA